UUAAUAGAUUAAAAUAAGAACUCAUGCUCGCUUUUGUUUUUGAUCACGUGUUAAAAUUGUUGUGUUCUCCAUCGUGGAUAUCAAAAUAUUAAAACUAAAAUGGCGGAUCCGUUGACACUGCUCAGACAGUUUAACACAAGUAAAAAGAAUAUUGUGGAAAGAGAAGACCAAAUUUUGUUUGAUACCAUAUCUUUUUUAAAAACUGCAAAGACAAAUUAUGUGAUUGGAAGAACCACCCCGAAAGAAUAUUAUGCACUUGAAGCUCUUCUUUUCUUACUCAAAAAUGUUCAUUUAUCACAUCCAAUUUACGUACAAAGAGCUGGCGCAGCCAAUGUCCCAGUUGUACGUUUUCCCGACAGGAAGGAUUUACUAGGUUAUCUAAAUGGAGAAAAAGAAACAUCAGCAAACAUCGACAAAAGCGCCCCAUUGGAGUUGCCACUUUCCAGAACUGCAUCGAUUGGAGUAAAGAGAGCUGGUGAUGAAACUUCUACAGAAGGAAGCAAAAAACUAAAAUCUGAUGACUCCUUACAACAAAAGCAAGACUUAAAGGAAUGGUUGUCAAUGAAACUGCAAAAGAAACCAGAAGGUGCUAUCACGACAGAAAAUCUUUUGAAGGAUCAAAAAAGUGGUCUGAAUGAUGUCAUGUCUACUGAUCGUAUCGCAGAAAUUAAACGAAAAAUUAUGACAAGAAAGCGAGCGACAAUCAAAGGAGACGAAGACUACAAUCCAGAAGUUCCACAAGUUCCUGAACAGACACAAGUUGUAUCCAAUUUCAUGGUUGAUAUUGACAACGACAUGACAAAAGAUAUACUUAGCAGAGAGCGACAAUUACGUACACGAACCAGUGUUCUUCAAAGCAAUGGAAAGCAAUUUCUGAAAAAUAUUCUUGCUAUUCUUACAUCGAUAAAAGCACAGGAAGAUGGUAAGGCUGCCCCGCAAGAACAAGCUCCUGAGGUUGCACCGGUAGUAAAGGAUUUAGUCAAAAAGCCGGCUACUGUAAAUAGAUAUGAUCGUUAUGAUCAAGAAAGAUUUGACAGUCAAAAGGAUACGGAAGGGUUUAAAAUUGACACAAUGGCGACAUUUCAUGGUCUCAGUUUGCAGAGUGUAAAGGAAGGUAAAAGCCAACGUACGCAGCCAACACCGCUUCCUCGUUCUGCACCUAAAUCUCGAUCAGGUUCUCAAAGCCCUGGGAAGCCACAAAAAAGAGAAUCGAAAACACCGAUUGUCAUCGUACCGUCCGCGGCUACUUCUCUCAUAUCUCUUUUAAACUCAAAAGAUUUGUUGCAAGAUUACAAAUUCGUCAGUGUCGAAGAGAAGAAGAGACUGGGCACUAUAAAAGAGAACGAGGUUUUGGUUCAGCGUAAAAAGGAUAUUUUGCUUAACGGUCAAAUGCAAACGGUGACGGUUCCAUUCCGUGUUGUCGAUCAACCGUUAAAACUACAAACUAAUGAAUGGAAUCGUGUCGCUGCAGUUUUUGUGCAAGGACCAACUUGGCAGUUCAAAGGCUGGCCGUAUUUAUUACCAGAUGGUUCACCGACGGAUAUAUUCACAAAAAUAAAAGCGUUUCACGUAAAAUACGAAGAUAUGAAGACAGACCCUAACGUCCAAAAGUGGGAUGUACAAAUACUCACAUUUAACCGAAACAGACGACACAUGGAUAGAGCUACCAUGUUGAAAUUCUGGGAAUCUCUCGAAAAAUUUUUAACGAAAAACAAGCCGAACUUAAGGUUUUGAAAAAUUGCCCCGUUCUUUGUUUGUUGUGUCACGUGCUUCUUCCGAUGACGUCAGAGUUGGAGAAGCCGAUGAAGUCAAUGUUACCUUGGCUUGUGUGUUUGAUAACAUUUGCAAGACUGGAAUAUUUGAUUUUCAUCUUGAAAAACAACGCCUGAACAAAUUUUUAUCACCGUUUUGAUGUAGAUACGAAAAGGACCUGGUGACGAAUUCUUAAUCACGACACGAACUGAAAUAUUCACGCGUUCCACAACUGUUAUUUCGCUAAUUUUUAUAGACUUGAUUGAACAUUCGUAGUAGCUGGAUAGCUUCAAAUAAUAUUUUAAGUUUGAACUAGUCACAACCGUUUAAAAAGGGGCUCAUGAAUUUUAGCGUGUGAGUCACUACAAUUUUGCUGUAUUACAUUGACUCUGUGUUAUACAGGGAUAUAAUGAGAGAACUUAGAGUUGUUCAGUAAUGCAUCGAAAAUAAUCCAUGCUAAAUUUUUUAUGAA